GUUCCACUACUCCUCUUCUUUAUACCUGAAAUACCCAUAAGUCUACUUUCAGACACGCUAGGACACCUGAAAAAACGCCAGGAAUAAUGUCGACAAACAGACUCAAGCUCCAUACUGACAAGGAGAAUGAACACAAGAUUGCCCUGGCGAAAAACGAGCUACGAAACCCGGCGCACAGGGAAAUACCCGCCGGCACCAGCGUGCCCACGAAACGACCCCUCUCUGCAAAAAGCAACAUCAACGAAAAACGUGUUAGAGUGCCGUUGGGCGGAAAAAACCACAACCAAGCUUUCCCGGGCCUACAGAGGUCGAAACUGUCGUUGCCGCUGACCUUCCAGACGCCCUCUUUAAGACAGCCUGGCCUGACUCUCCAGGGCGACAUUCUUUCGACAAAACCCACAUUAACUAAGUCAAACCUGUCGCUAGGAUUUUUUAACAGGGUAGCGAAACCCAGCGCGCCUGCUCCCCGCCCAACCAACCCACACAAAAACACACUUUUCCCGCUGCAGGACCUGCACCGGCCCAAGGACCUUAUCCCCCGUUUUCUGUCCGACGAUUUGAUCAAAGCGGCCCCAAAGGCCUUGCAUCCUCUCCAGACAUCACUCAAUGAGACACUUUCCGACGCGACCGCUCAACUUCACGCUUCAAACGUCCCGUCGCAAGAGCAUUUUGCCAAGAACAGAGAUCCGAUCAAGAAGGGUACAUUCCGCCCGGAGAUUGAACUGCUUAUUGAAGCGCUCGCAGAAGACGAGAACAGCAUAGAGACCGUCCCCGAGGCCGAGAACCGCGAGCCGCUCGAUUACGUGCCCCUGGGCGUGUCGCCCUUGUCCAAGGCAGAGGCGCCAUUUCUCUACGAAGAGGAAGCGCCACGUAAAUUGACCGAUAUGUUUGCCCCAGACGAGCAGUUCUUCUCCGAUGACGAGGAGCAGUGUAGCGAUGCAGAGAAAGAACUGAACACUGCGUUUUACCGGGAAUUGAAUGGCACUGAAGGCAACACGGCCUUGGGGCUCACUGCCGCGGACCUUGAGGACUUGCUUGACUUCUAGCUGUGUUCCACUAUGUACACAAACGACACCCACUCCAUACCCAAUACUAUAUACACUGUCGAUGCGUCGCCAUCCAUCCAAGCCCCGAGCUCUAGGCCAAUCUUCCGCUCUGCCAGGCACCACUUACUGUGCCGUACAUUCGGG